UCUUCUUUCUUAUCAAACUUGGUCACAAUUUAUCAACCAAAUAGCAUAUUGAUAGUUUCGAAGUCUGUGCAUUAGUAACGAUGAUGCGUUAGAAACAGCAAAUUACAAGUAAUUGAGAAUUUUGUGUGAUAAAUAUUUAAAAAUGCGAAGAGAUAGCUCGCCUUCUGGGCUAGUACCUUGUUUACUUUUGCUGGGCAUGUUUGCUGCGCCUCAGUCAUCUGCAUCUUGUCCUGAGGCAUUCGCUAUCGACCAGAUAAGUGCGACCAGCUCUUCGAUGGAACUCCAGAUAUGGCACAACUGUUCUGUGGUUCCCAAGAACAACGGUAUAUCGGUCUACCGACUGUGGCGCGAUGACAACGUGCUAGUGCGAGAGUGGGAGUAUAAUCCGGUUCGGUCGCCGUGGACCUACACGGACGACGGGGGUUCCAUUUUUGGCAAGCGAGACGGUCUGGAACCAGGUGCCAGUUACAAGUACUCUUUACACUUGGACUCCGGUUCCUCUGUAUCAGAAUCUUAUUUCUGCCUCGUGCCCGCCAAUCCUUUCUACGUCACCUCGUAUGCCGAAGGAGAUCAACUGGUAGUUUCUGUCGUGCCAGAUCCCCUUUAUCCCGAGCACUCCUCGGAUUUCAAGGUUGAAAUUACCGGCUUAAGUCUAAUCUAUAUAAACGCACCUGACACAACGGCCUUGAUAAACGUGGGAGCAUACAUGACAGAAUACAGUGUGACGGUUAAAUCAGUGAGGGGUGCCUGUAGUGGCUUCGCACUUGAACUUCUCAGUGAUCCUUACGUAAUUACCGCGUAUACUGGCCUCGAAACCCCUCUAGUGGAUGUGACAGGGUUGAACAGGAGCUGUAUCGAGUACAAUGUGACUGCUCAGCACGUGAGCAACUCAAAAGUAGUCUACCAACUCUUCAGAAACGACAUAAUCAUUGACGACCAACUCACUACAAAUGAGCUGAUAAACGCCGACUGCAGUCUGACUCCAGGUACUGCUUAUGACUACAAAGUGACGGCCUUCUCCACUCCCAACGACUACUGGGUGACUAGUGAUCCAGCUUCAGAAUGCACUCACCCGAGUUCGGCGACUGAUUUGACUGCUCUGAACUCGACCAACGACAGCGUCAGUCUGAGCUGGGUUCCUGGCAGAGGCGGAGUGCACCUGUACUUCGUGAGCGACGACGUUGGAAACACUAACUUCACUUAUCGCAGCGACGGAAACCUAAGUCACACACUGACAUCACUGUCGACUGCGACGAAUUACACGGUGACAGUUCAAAGUGCGUUCAACUGCUCGGCCGUGGGUGAACUCAAAGCUGACUCGAUGUCGCCCUCCAUUACUCUAUUCACUCGUCCUAGACCGCCCAUCAUUACUUUGAAUAACCUGCCUUUGAGUGGUGUGCCAACGGCCAAUUACAUGGAGGUGGAGAUAGCUCUUGACAACGCUGAUUCUUCAAGUGCCGGUUCAAUUACAUUCGACUUAUUUCGCAAUGACGAGUUGAUUCAGUCUGGUCUGUCUUACGCACUUGACGCAGGAGUGUUCAAGUACUCAUUCACUGACGACGUUCCCCUGGCGACCGAAUUCACCUACAAGGCCGUGAAUUACUACAACAGCUAUGCGUCCGAUCCAGGGUUCGCCUACGAGUGUUCACGAAGCGGUCCCGUUGAGAAUAUUCUAGUAACGCACUUCUUUCACUAUCACGUGAACAUCUCCUGGAGCAACCCGGUGAACUCAGGCGACCCUGUAGUGAAGUACUCCCAGUUGGUGAGGAAUCCGACCGACGAAAAUGACAGAUCGGAGAACAUAACCACCUCAAUCUACUCUUCUGCUGUGCUGUCGUCUCUACCAGUGCCCACUAACACAUCUCAAUACGUAUCCAUACGGCCUUUCACCCAGUGUGCCAUAACAGGAGGUGAUUUCCUGGAGGGCGUGGCUGCCGAGACCACCUUCGUCAUGCCUCCUUGGCCCCCGACUCUCUCCUGUGGACCCCAAUCGUCCACUGCCAACUCCAUCCUCAUCCAACGCAAUGUCAGCAACAACGCAACUGUGUCUGUGCAAACUCUUCUCUGGCGAGAUGAUGGAUUUCUUUCUGAUACUCCAGUAGACAACAUCACAGAAGACACUGGCCUGAUUCCCGGACGACAGUACACUUACAAGGCAGUGCUGAUCCAGUAUGGCCUGCAGUCAGACAUGUCAUCUGAGUGUCUAACCUGUCCGAAUCCAGAGGAGCCGGUGAACUUGAUGGCCAUGCCACUGGACCACGAGAGCAUCACUGUGUACUUCGAUGCACCCGAAGGAAACUUUGACGGUUUCGACUUCUUUGAUGGCACGAAUACAGACACCCAGGCUGACAACACCCUACGCAGCUACACUUUUACGGGACUGGCGGCCGAGACGAGCUACACCCUAAGUGUGAAAACCUACGUGGGCUGUACAGUGACUGCUUUGGGGGGAGCAGUAUCUCUUUACUCCAAUGGCACUGAAUCUGUCACUGCUUACACUGCACCUGAUCAGGUGAACAUCACUUUAACCCCACUGAGUGCGUCUGCGAUCCAGAUCGUGUUCGAGCAUUCGCCCUCAGCUUACAAAUACCAUGUGUGGAGAGACGGGAUUAAGAUUGUAGACGGAGUAAGCAGCCACAACAUAACUGACGACCAGGGACUGCAGGCUGGAACCAUGUACAACUACUCGGCUGCCGUGGAGAAGAAUAAUGUCCUGUCGGUACACUCUCACUGGCAAGUGGCUUUUACGAAUCCGGAUCCAGUUACUAAUGUAGAAUUGAUUGAUGCCACCACGACAACACUCGUACUCAAAUGGAUUCCCCCAAUAGACAACGUGGAUGGGUACUUGUUGACCGUUGAUGGUACUGCCAACCAGACUGAAGCAGAUGCCUCGGAUGUGCAUGAGUUCACUGUGACUGUGGCAACAGCUGACACCGAUUACAGUAUUUCAAUUUAUUCGAUAAUCAACAAUGCCAAUGCGUAUGGAGUGCAGGUAUCAGAUGCGAAUACUGGUACUUAUCGAACCUCAAUGGAAGCCCCGACCAUCGCCAUCACUGAGGGGUCACACGCAAACUCACUUAAUAUAUCUUUCACCGACAGUAAGAGCGAUUCUGAUCUUAAUGAACGGGUAUUGUACCGAAUGUCCUCUAGCGGAGAACUCAAUGUCAUCCGGGAGGUCUCCUACACAUACGAAGACUCUGACCUUCAGUUCGCUACCACUUACACUUACUAUGCGACAAACUUUGGUCUCAAUGGGUUCGAGACGGAUGCCUCGGCCAUUGUUACCUACUGCACGGACCCCGAUGAGCCCCCUAUGCUGCACCUGUCUGCAUUCGAUGCUACCGCUAACACAUAUGAAGUAGCCUGGCACAAUCCCCAAAUGCCACCCACCUACUACGACGUGUACGCGUUAGAUGAGAACCUAGGUACGGUCCUUACUGUCCUCAACGUACUCGGUUUGAGUCAGGACAUCACUGCCCUCCUCCCGGUGAGUGCGGAGACUUAUAAGGUGGGGGUGACAUCUGUGUACACUUGUGCCGCUGCAAACUACGACGGCAGCUCAGCUUCAGCUACAGACCUGAUGAGUGACUCUAACUCGACCUUGACAGUUUACACAGCCCCUGGACAACCGACUCUUACUCUCACCACCCUCUCAUCCUCUGCAAUCCAGAUAGACGCCACCCUGAAUGGCGGGGACAGAGACACUGCUGACGUCACAAUUGACGUGUACAGGAAGCUGGGCACAACUGAACAAGGUCGUGUUCUCACAAACCAAUCUCAUUCGUCCUUGAUCAAUGACAACCACGAGCUAGUUCCAGGCACACUUUACACCUACUAUAUCCAGGGUGUAUACCACCAGAUGGGCGGAGUGUUUUCUGCUGAGGCAUCCCAGUGCACUAAUCCAGCUGAUCCACUCCAGGUGCGAAUCUACACGUCCGAGGAGAACCUGGUGACCAUCAGGUGGAAUGCACCAUUGGGGGGAAUCACAGACUAUGAAUUGUCCAUAAAUGGCAGUGCUCCUGUAAACAUGGCCUCUCUAAUGGGAUCGGCCGGAGUGACCGAAGCAGUGACAGCUGCCACUCUGACAAGUGACACCUCCUACAAGUUUGAAGUCAGGACCACAUUCUUGUGCACUGAAGGUUCAGUGACCAAAACCUCCAACUAUGUCGAGGCGCUCACUUACACCAGGCCGGAAAAGCCAGUGAUUACAAGCGCUCUUCCCACGAGUACUUCAACCAUUCAGGUCAACAUGACUACCUCUGACUCACUGGAAGGACUGACAUUCACAGUGUUCAGCAAGGGAGUCCAGGUGGGCACAGUGAGUGGGGGCGACACCCACUUUGACCACUCGGGUCUCAGAGGGGGGUCUGAGGAAGUAUACACUGUGACGGCCACCGUGGGAGAAUAUACGAGCCUCUUGAGCGAUCCAGUGAUUGGCUGUUCGUUUCCAAACCGGCCUACCAACAUCUACUUCACGCCAGUUGAUGACUCGUCCGUUCAGUUCCGGUGGACCUACCCAUCUAACGAAGCUCCGGAUAGCGGAAAUGUCUUUUACGAUAUAACAGUCAACGGAAGUCUGGACCAGGACAACUACGAUGGCUUCAGUUACACAAAAACCGGCCUGGGACCACUGGAGAGUUUCAACUACACGAUCGAAACAGUUCUGGUUUGUGAUGCCGACGGGUCCGCAACAGAAUAUGACUCAACGUUUUUAGGGUUGCCUGAUAUGUACUGGGGGUACACUAAACCGUCUGUUCCUGUGCUGGCCCUGGAUGGAGUUUCCACAGUUUCUACUAUUGCGGUAACCUUGGACAACCCUGGAUCAAACGCGUGGAGUCCAUCGUAUGAUAAAAUAAGGCUUUUCCGAGAUGGAUUCGAAGUUCACGUGACCACUGACAGCACUGACCCCUACAACCACACUGACACCAACCUCACCGCUGCAACUGAGUACUUCUAUGAUGUAGAGGUCACUUGGAACAGACUCACUGCAUUCAGUGACACGCCCCUCUACGAGUGCACAUACCCGGAGGUGGUGCAGAAUCUGAGAACUACGACACACUACUGGUACGGCAUCAACGUGCGAUGGAAUGCUCCAAUGGGAAACAGAGUCACCGGAUUUGAGAUCAAAAUCAAUGUGACAGGCGAAGAUGAGUGGCAGGAUGUGGGAUAUGAGUUCCAGUACUCCUUCCGCAAUUCCGAGACCCCCUCGGACUUCGAGAUCGAGAAUACCGGCGGGCAACUAGCUGCCUUCUUCAAUUCCAAGGUCACCGCCGGAGUGAAGACUCUGAACCCUAAUACAGUCUACGUUAUUGAGGUCAGAGCUUACUACUAUUGUGCUGGUACUACUUCGACAUACAAUGGCAAUGGGGUCACGGAGACAGGAAUUACCGCACCCUACCCCCCUCAGGGCGUAGCUUUGACCCCAGUGGACGAAAACUCAAUCAGUAUCGCGUGGACUGUCGUGACCUCUCCCGAAGUGCUGACCUAUGACAUCUACGAGUGUGAUUCGAACUACACCAGGUGCAAUGUGAUAGCUGAGGACCAAACCACUUCACCAUACGUUUCGAGUGGGCUGACCCAAGCGUCCUUCUACUGUUACGACAUCCGUGCCAAGUGGAAUGGCCUUGAGACAUCGGUUAGAGACAGGAGGGAGUGGCUUCUAGACUAUGAGGACUACGUGGACCAGACCAGACAACACACAGAAGACAACGCUUACUUUGGAGAAUCACAAUUGACCUUCACAAACUUCACGCAUGCAUACUUCGAUGCGCUAUGCUCAUGCUCAUACCCUCCGGCUGCGCUGUCCAUUGACUGGCAACAACUCAACUCCUCUGGCAUCCACUACUCGUGGACAGUGACUGACUUGAGUGAGCAGAGACGACAGAGGGCUUCGCUCACAGGCCAGUCUCUCAUAGUGUACGCAGUCGCAUACUACGACAACGUCCCUGCCACCGAAGAAGAACUGGAUUAUGAUAUUGUGGAGCACGUGUUCAACGGGUUCAACUCGAUUGAGAGCCACGACCUCUACGUGUUGUCUCGGUUGGUGUGUCCCGACCGAAGAUUCCACCUGGCAGAUGCUGACACGACUGUGCUGGACUCGGCCCCAUUGAUCAUCACUGGAUGGACACGCCCCACCAUUCCAACUUUCACAGUCAUUACCCAGUCGCCAGGAAAUCCAGACGAAGAAAUCGAUAUCACCUACUCAACUCCGGACGUGGAACCGACGUUGGAGUUCUUUGUCGAGCGCGACUUCCAGGUCAUGCUGACUGAAUCCAGUGCCACUACUCAAAAUGACCUGACGAGGACACCUGGAACUGCGUAUAACUACACUGUGUAUGCUGAAGCGAAUCCGACGCCUGGAGUUGUCUUGCAGAGCUUGGUGUCAGAGGCGACAGAGGGAUGUACUCUCCCUAUGGAUAUUACAUCAUUGAACAAAACGGACGUAGUCAACGUGAACUCUGUCAAACUGAACUGGGACGAACCCCCGGGUGACUUCUGGCUGGGCUACAACUACACUCUUGAUGGGGGCACUUCUUUCACCUUCACCACCCUCCAGAACCAGACUCUGACUGGUCUGGACUGGUGCACCCAGUGGACAUUUGAAAUCUACUCUUUAGGGGAUUGUGGACUCACUAAUGAUGACAUGCUGUCUGAAAACUCCCAGUCGCUUACUCACUACUUGGAACCUCGAAUUCCGGUGAUAAUGACCACUUCGGACGCAGUUUCCGACUCGGCAAUCAGUGUCGUGUGGACCGACCCGAAUGAGGCCUUCUCAUGUCCGACGAAUGCCGAGAUCCAAAUCUACCGAGAUGGAGUCUCCGUGCACAACUUGACAGCACCAGGGUCCGGAUCCCAAACGGACUCUGGACUGAAUGAGGGCACUGCUUAUGAGUACCAGAUAUCGGCUAAACGAGGCACUGACGAAAGUGAAUGGUCAAAUGUGUUCGUUCUGUGCACAAAUCCAUCAGCUCUCACAGCUGCAGACUUGACCUGUGAGCCAGCGAAUGACACUUCCCUCUUCUCUCGUCUGGCUUGGAACUCAAGCGCGACCAGCUUCAACUUCGACAUUGACAUCACAGGGGACUUCACUCUCUCCCUCUCCAAUGUGGACAAACUCGACCACAGACUCGGUAUCUUCGAGCCUGGAGACAUGAAGUUGAUCAACGUGGUAGUGACAGUACUGUACGAGUGUCCCAAGAGCAGUGGGAUUGAGGUACUCAGCUCACAGUCCAACCCCACCAUACCUAUCACCUGCUACACACUUCCUGGUCAGUUGACCAUCCGAAUCGAGUCCUCGUCUAAGAAUGACAUCUCUCUCUCCUGGGAACACGAGGGGGGCUCAGACGGGUACGAAAUACGGGUGACCCCCUUCAUUACCACUAAUAGUGGGGACGGGUCAGAGGUCAUCACAACUACCGACAACACAUUCGACUUCGUCGCCCUCGACGGAAAAUCAACUUACACAUUUGAAAUCACGAACUCCUACCAGGGAUACACCUCAAUUGUAGCCACACUUGAGUACGACAGCUCCAACAAGCGUACUCUCAUUGGCCUGCCGUUUGCGUGGGGAAUAGUGGUGAUCUUGCUCAUCGUUAUUGUGGCUCUGGUGCUGCUGGUCCUGCUCGGGUUCCUGGUCUACUUACUGGUCAAGAAGGUCAUUGCGGCUGCUGGCAACUCCUCCAACAACACAGUACAACCGGACGACAUCAGACGUGGUUCGACGCCGGUCGUUGAUUGGAACAUAAACAAGACAUACGACUUGAGAACGGAACACAUCAACAGAGAAACACAACAGAAGUUCAGAUAAAGCUUGACGUGGCAUCAAACAUGACCGAGUCCUCGGCGCCCUUCUUGUACAUAAUUGUACAUAUUAUCAAUUUUCACCGCUGGGUCUUUAGUCGAACAAAAUGUAAUAUGAGCUCAAAUGUUUAAAAGAACAACUUAUAAGGAAAUUGAAAACUGAUGCAAAAAGAUCUUUGAAUUUUUUGUCAAGAUUAUGUUCAUUUUAGUGAUAAAAUCAAUUGUUCUUUCAACGGUGAUCGUGGAGUUUUUAGCAACGAUUAGAUGCACCUUAAAAAUUCGACGGUUCUCAGAUCCAAUUGGUUAUUGACAACUGCUCACACUUUGGUGAUUCGAAUAAAAAACCUAUCUCGAGGGGCUUCCAAAAUAUCGAAAAGUUUGUCGACCUGCUUUGUUUUAGAUCAAUCACAUUGAUUUGCGAGCUAAAAAGGUCAUUUUUGGGCACUGUUUGAAGGUUUUAGCUUAGAAAGUUUUAUUGGCUUGCGCUCCGUUCUCAAAAGUAGUAUACAAGGCAGCUCAUGGUUGAUAAUGGAUGUUGUAAAUCAGUACCUAGGGCGUCCCUGCUAUCGUUUCUAUUAUCAUCCUCAAUUGGACUUGUAAUAAUAUAGUGUAGAUUGUAAAUAUUUUUAAUCAAAUGAAUUUAAAUUUUUGACGUGUG